AUGGCGGCUCUGUUUGACUAUUUCGACAGGAGGAGAUGUCUUGGGGGAUCGUGCGAGAGUCUCCCCAGGGAGACUGCUGCUGGAGCCGUGUCGCGGGCCACGCAGGAGGUGGAGGUGGCCGCGGGCUCGGCGGGGCCGCGGGCUCGGCGGCUGCUGGUGAGCACGAGUGACGUGUCCGCACGGGCGGCUUCACCCUCGCAAACGGAGAUCCGAGCCCGUGACUUUCUGCUCACCACUCUCCUCCCGCUCCUCUCUGCAGGCUCAGCGUAUUACGAUAACGUCCGUCCCUUGGCCUACCCGGACUCGGACGCUGUGCUCAUCUGCUUUGACAUCAGCCGCCCAGAGACCCUGGACAGCGUGCUCAAGAAGUGGCAAGGGGAAACUCAGGAGUUCUGCCCCAACGCGAAGAUUGUGCUGGUCGGCUGCAAGCUGGACAUGCGGACAGACCUCAACACGCUCCGGGAGCUUUCCAAGCAGCGCCUCAUCCCUGUGACGCACGAGCAGGGCAGUGCGCUGGCACGGCAGAUUGGGGCGGUGGCCUAUGCAGAGUGCUCCUCCAAGGUCUCGGAGAACAGCGUACGGGAUGUGUUUCAUGUGACCACGCUUGCCUCGGUCAACAGGGUGCACAAGAACUUGAAGCGCAGCAACUCCAAACGGGGACUGAAGCGGGCAUCACAGAUGCCUGGCAGGACGGACUUACUGAAUGACACAGAGAUCAGGAAAGACCGAGCCAAGAGCUGCUCCAUCAUGUGA